CACGAGACCAUCCAGCAACUUUAUAUCAACCAAGAAUGACAGAAGAGAACAAGUUGACAGACCAUCCGCACAGCCCCUCAGGCAGCGACAGCUCCAUGUCCCAUCAUGGAUCUGAUUCAGAGUCCCCGACCUCUCCGGCAGGCUCCGACGCGCAGGAGGCAGCGCGCCAGCCCGGCUUUACGCACAAACCGGAGAGCUGCAUGGAGGAUGAACGCUUCCCUGCCUGCAUCCGCGACGCAGUGUCUCAGGUGCUGAAAGGUUAUGACUGGUCGCUGGUACCCAUGCCCUCUCAAGGGGAGAGAGGGCUGAAGAGCAAACCGCAUGUGAAACGGCCGAUGAACGCGUUCAUGGUUUGGGCGCAAGCGGCGCGGAAGAAACUGGCGGACCAGUAUCCUCAUCUGCACAACGCUGAGCUCAGCAAGACUCUGGGCAAACUGUGGCGACUUCUCUCUGAAACAGAAAAGCGUCCUUUCAUUGAGGAGGCAGAAAGACUGAGGCUGCAGCACAAGAAAGACUACCCAGACUACAAGUACCAGCCUCGGAGACGUAAGAACACCAAACUGGGACAGGGGGACUGUAGGCCCGGACUAGUCCAGCAGCAACAUCAACAGGGCUUGUAUAAGACAGAACCAGGGGUGGCUAGGUUGACUGGCGUAGGGGAGGUGCACCAUCAUUACCAUCCAGACAGGACCGGUCAGUCUCAUGGACCUCCAACACCUCCCACUACCCCUAAAACCGACCUUCACACAGGCAACAAACAUGUGGACAGCAGUGCUGGUUCCGUUCCUCCCACUGUUCCUCCCACCACCCGCCAGAACAUCGACUUCAGUAAUGUGGACAUCUCAGAGCUCAGCACUGACGUCAUCAGCACCAUUGACGGAUUUGACGUCCAUGAAUUUGAUCAGUACCUCCCUCCCAACAGCCACAGCUCCACUGUUCUAACCCCACCAGAUACCAGCCACGGACAUAACAACCCUUCUGGAUCCUUCACCCUACCUAACAUCCACACUCACUCCCACAGCCUUUCCACCUGGACACCUAAAAGUGGGACUUCCACAGGAAUGCCACCAUCCUCUUCCAGUCGUGACCCACAUGGGCUCCACGAGGACACCAGCCUAAAACCUCAGAUCAAAACUGAGCAGAUGAGCCCAGGUCACUACAGCAGCUCCUGCACCUCCACACCUCCACCGCCACAACCUGAGUACACCUCUCUCGGUUCUGGCAUCUGCCCUUCCUCCACUUCCUCCUCAUCUUCCACCAACCAAUCUGACUACACUGACCUUCAAAGUUCCAGUUUCUACAGCGCGUUCUCUGGGUACCCUGCCCAUCUGUAUCAGUACCCGUACUUUCACUCCUCUCGCAGGCCUUACACCACACCGCUUAUCAACAGCCUGGCCUUGGCACCACCUCCACACAGUCCUCCCUCCGGCUGGGAGCAGCCUAUCUACACAACACUAACCAGGCCUUGAAGAGGAGGAAACCCUUCAAAUGUUUGGCCAUAUGGACUAAAACAGGACUACGCAGAUUGGCACAGAAUUUAUAAGACAAUGUUUGGAGAUUUGAUGACUCAAGAGUUAAUUCCUAUGGUUUUGACCAAUAUGGAUUUCUAAAGGACAGUGCUGAUCUUUUUUGGCCAAAGCUUCAAACGGCUUAUUUUGUGCAUCUAUAUAUUACAUUUGUUCAUUUUAAUGGAAAAAUAUCUUAACAAAGAUUCAGUGUUUUGACUCUUUUUUAAGUGAAAAGGACGGAGAAAUGACAUUUAAACAUGCACUGGACACUAAAAUGGUCCAUUAAAACUCCACACUAAUGAAAUGUUGGUAUGCGAGUAGCACCUUUUAAGACAGGGAGUUUCAGGUUUAAUGAAAGUUUUUCCACUCUUAACCUGGCUGAGUGAAAUAGUUUCUUUACCUUCACCCUCAAUGUGAUCCAAAGUAGACUCUGAUUAAAACUGAAGGUGUUUCAUUUUUUUUUCUUUUUAUGUGAAGGUUCUGCAUUAUUCUGUAAGGAUUUUUUAACAGUGCUGUAAAAAAAAGCCCACCUUUGUUGAGUCCAAGGCCAGGACUAGUCGGAACUGAGUCAAGACCAAGUCCAAAUGAGAGAAACAGAGUCAAGAACAAGACGAAUGCUUUUGCCACUGCCAGUGAGAUGAGGUUUGGCAUCCAGGCAUACGAUUGCAAGAGACAUUGAUUGGCGGCCUGGUAAGCCAAUGUCAAUACCUGUUCUAGAUGUAUUUUGAAUUAAAUCAAUACCUGUUUUCUGAAAACGCACACAUCAUCAAUGGUUGUAUUUUGAAGGAGGAAGUUACUUCAGAAAAAAAAACAAUAUAUUUCUGGACUCAGUUGAGACUAACUACAAUAUUUGGCAAGACCAAUGGCCAAGUCUGAGACAAUUCUGAGUGCAAAUAUCGAAUCCAAGAUAAGUCAGAGACAAUAGAAAAAAAUUUCUCUUCCGAGACAGUGUGUCUUCUUCUAAGUAAUGUACAGUUACUCAGCGAGAGUUAGAGGAGAGAUUCAUAUGAUCCCAUGUCUGUAUGCUAAAUAUUGCUGCCAGCUGGCCAUUAGCUUGACUUAGCAUAAAAGCUAGAAUCUCUGUCCAAAGGUAAAAAAAAAGCCCCACUGAUGAGCUAAUAAAUCUUAAGUCAUACCUGAUUUUUUGGACACUUGGGUGCAGCAGUAACACGUUGUGUACACAUCAAUGACAUAUCAUCACUGUUUAAGUUGAACAGGUGCUUGUUACACAUCAAACAUUAUCAUUGUGUAUCGUGUUUCUGGCCACCUGACCUGGUCACCUCCUUUUAGCUCUGUUAGCACUAUGAGAUUGGUGAGCGUGAACUAAAACAGUAAGGUUGCAUUCGGACAGCUAAACAGUGAACUUCAACUCACUAUAAAGCCGAGGGGAGCUGCAGAUUCUGGUGAUAAUUCUCUGAAAACUGUUUUCACAUUGUCAUUUGAUACAUUGUUAAUAUUAAAAUAUUGAUUAUAGCUGCUUUAAGCACACUAAUUAACAUGUUCAGUAACACAGACAUCUCAUAACUGUGCUAGGUUGUCUUUCAGCCGAAGUACAUAGAGUCUUGUCAUAACCCCUGUGGAACCACAACUUUGGGGGCUUUUUGUACAAAUUGAACAAACAGGAUAUAAUGUGUUCAUUAGCAGGCUUUAGAGGUG